AUCCAUUCUGUCCUGAGAAGACUAUUUCUUCCCUUGUUACGGUCCUACCUUUUCCACCUACAAAGCCAGAACUCUGCCGCCAACCCUGUAACGCACUAACUCGACUGACCGAAGCAAGAACGCGAUGCCACCGCUGCUGGACCUGCCAAAUGAAAUUCUCCACCAUAUUGUAGGCUAUCUGGCCCUAGAGUCAGAUAUGAAUCUGCUAGCCAGGACGAACCGCCAUCUUCACAGUUCAAUCAACCCCUUUUUGUAUCGUUUCAAUGCCCUGCACAGACAGAUGUCCGCACUCCUCUGGGCGGCAAAUCAUGGGAUAGCUGGGACGGCCCAGCAUUCAGUGAACGCUAGUGGCGGAGUUUCAAGCAAUGUACAACUUGGGAUAUUCUAUGAUGCACUGUCAAUAGCAGUGCACGCAGGACACACAAGUAUCGCGAAGGCUCUUCUACUACAGGAGGGAAUCGAUCCGAAUUUCCAUUAUCAGAGUGUCGAUCCUGAUGUCCAAUAUCAGAGUGAAGAGGAUAGAUUUUGGGUGACGUUUUUAGCAAGAGCAGCCCAGGCGGGACAUGUGGAUAUGGUGGCCCUGUUGUUGUCAACAAAAGGCAUCAACCCGAAUCUAGGGGAUAGCAUGGGGAGGCCCCCAAUUGCUUAUGCGGGAUUCAGCAGCCAAGGUGCAGUGGUUACACUGCUGCUUGCGGCCCCAGGCGUAGAUCUUAACUGGAAAGAUCAACAUGGCCGCACACCACUUUCCUGGACAGUUAGUUUCGGAUCAGAAGCAACUGUGUCUCAAUUCCUAUCUCGACAGGACAUUGAUGUCAAUGCGGCUAUACUUACAGAUGACUUGUUCCAGAAGGGAUGGACCGCCCUGAUGUUCGCGGCUAACAGGGGAUAUGUAAAGAAUGUGGAGCUCUUGCUUAACACACCAUAUAUCAAUGUGAACCACCAAUGCCCCAGAGGAGAAAUGGCUUUAUACUGGGCAGUGCAGGCCGGCUCUGAAGCUAUCGUGAAGCUUCUACUCGCAAAAGGGGCAUAUCCUGACCCCAGAGACAGUCAUAAUCUGUCUCCUCUCAUCCAGGCUGCCUUGGAUGGCCACUUAUCGAUCAUGAAAUUGCUAUAUGAAGCAGGCGCUGACCUCAACACUACCACCGGCACUGGGUGUACUGCACUUAUUUUAGCUUCGGACGAAGGAUAUACAGCUAUAGUUGCUUUUCUUUUGGAUACUGGAAAGGUGGACCUAGCAGUGCAAGGCGAAGAGGACAAGCGUAAUGCUUUGUCGCUAGCUGCUGAAAGGGGACAUCGAGAGAUUGUUGACCUGUUAUUGAAACAGGAUGGCCAAGGGUUUCCUAACGCAAGGGACUAUAGGGGACGAUCGCCAUUAUCAUAUGCGACGGAGCAUGGUGACCUUGAGACCAUUAAAAUGUUGAUACAGAAUACAUCUGUAAUUGAUACUAGGGAAACAGAUGCCCACGGUCAAACACUCCUUUCCUAUGCCGCGCGGCACAAUAAUCCAGAAAUCCUGAAUCUGCUAGUGUCAGGCACCAAAAGUACUAGAUAG